AGAAGGACAGCAGAGCUUUGCGAUGCUGAGCGGAGUGAGCGCGCACGAGCUCUGCGCGUAAAAGGCGCGUCUCUGUCUUUACGCGCGGCGCGGAGUGGAGAGAUAUUUCUGAACUCCUGUUCAUCUCAUCAACAGAUGGGGGAUAUUUAAUGGACUCUUGGCAGACUGUGACUGAUGUCUGUUUAGUUGAAAAGUUUAGGCUCUGAUUGAGCCUGAAGCCAAACUCCUUACUUCUGUCUGCCUUUGAAACCGGACCUGUUUUUCCUGCAACCUGUAGCGUUGAAAACUGCAUCAUGGAUUAUUUAUUCAAUACCACCGAUGUGCCAAACGGGACCUUUGGUUCCAACGGGACCAACAACGGAACCGAGUACUGGAACCAGUUCGUGCAGCCGGUGUGGAGAAUCAUCCUGUGGGCCAUCGCCUACAGCUGCAUCGUUGUGGUGUCGGUGGUCGGUAAUGUGACGGUGAUCUGGAUCAUUAUGGCGCACAAACGCAUGAGGACCGUCACCAACUAUUUCCUGCUCAACUUGGCGUUCGCCGAAGCCUCCAUGUCCGCCUUCAACACGGUGGUCAACUUUGCCUACGCGGUGCACAAUGAGUGGUACUUCGGACUGGUCUACUGCCGCUUCCACAACUUCUUCCCCAUCGCGGCAGUUUUUGCCAGCAUCUACUCCAUGACUGCCAUCGCCCUGGACAGGUACAUGGCCAUUAUUCACCCCCUGCAGCAGCGUAUGUCGUCCACAGAGACCAAGGUGGUGGUGGCUGUGAUCUGGGUUCUGGCUCUACUCCUGGCCUUUCCUCAGUACUACUAUUCUACCACCUACCAGAUGCCUGACCGGGUGGUGUGCUACAUCGCGUGGCCUGAGAAUACCACGUUUGACUUCAAAAAGCUGUAUCAUGUAUGUGUGACCAUCCUGAUCUACUUCCUUCCGCUGCUGGUGAUGGGCUGUGCUUACCUGGUGGUGGGCCUGAACCUCUGGGCCAGUGAGAUCCCAGGAGACUCCUCUGACCGCUACAAGGAGCAGCUCACUGCCAAACGCAAGGUAGUGAAGAUGAUGAUCGUGGUGGUGUGUACGUUUGCCAUCUGCUGGCUGCCCUAUCAUGUCUACUUCCUGCUCCACCAGUUCUUCCCUGAGUUGUUUGAGGAAACAUACAUCCAGCAGUUUUAUCUGGCCAUCAUGUGGUUGGCCAUGAGCUCCACCAUGUACAACCCCAUCAUCUACUGCUGCCUCAACGACAGGUUCCGUGCGGGUUUCAAACAGGCGUUCCGCUGCUGCCCCUGUGUUCCUCGAGGCUCAUAUGAAGGACUAGAACUAAAGUCUACCCGAUACCUGCAGACCCAGACCAGCGUUUACAAGGGGAGCCGAAUGGAUACCACAGUUUCCACUGUUCUUCAUGCUGGGGAGGAAUCAGAGCAGCUGAAGGGCAAAGCUAAAGGAGGUCUUGUGGCUGGAGGGGCUUCUGUUGGGGGACAACCACAUAGCUCUUCUCUGGAUCUCACUUCCAAUGGGUCCUCAUCACGGAGUGUUUCCAAGACCGUUUCAGAGACUUCGAGUUUCUUCUCCAGUAGCAACCUGCAGUAGACCCAGAGCACAGGCAGGGUUUUGGCAGAUGGCACUAGAAAUGUGCAAGCUGACUGUUCACAGAGCUGCAGGGAACAGCUUCUCUUUGUUUUACUGUAACAUCAUCCUAGAGAAUUUGGUCUUUCUUCCGUGAGCGCUGCCUUUACCAACAGCACCGUAGUAGAAAAUAGUUGAUUAGUUUAAAUGUUCAUCAAACAUCAGAGCUGAACUGCAGCAAAGAGCUCUUCAUCAAGAUAAACACAUUCCAGUUUAGGGCUAAAUUGAGGCAGAUGCUGUCAGCUCUGAUCUUCACAGCCUCUGCUUGUCAACGCAGCAUCCCCCCCCGUGCAGAAAAGGGGGCUCACACAUUUUUUUUAGUGACAUAAUGUGUGUGAAUUCGCACAGAGUCUAUUUUGGACCAGAGCACGAGACCGGCAUGAUGUGAAUAAAGCUGUGGCGGGUUGUAACAGAGGGGCUUCUUCUUUUCUACACCUCCACCUCAGCUCCAAGCUGAUGAUGACAGGAGUUCUCCAAAUGAUCAAUUCUAAACUUGAACUUUUAGGAACUCUGUGCGACUUGAUCCGAAUGCCAAUUCUUAUCUCUCUGAGCAGGACCGCAUUGGAAAAUCCAGCAUGCAGAAUGAGUGCAUAUCUCCGUGAAAGGGGGGCUCUAAAGAUCCCCUGCGGGCUUUUCUGAGAAGUUCUGGCAAUCACUGAAAACACCAGCAGCGACUGGCUCAUCUUUCAUCUGUCAAAACAUUGACUUCAACAGCUGGCAGCACCGUUUCUGAACACACAAAGGUUUUUCUUAAUGCUGCAGACGGUUUUAACCUGAAUCCAAACUGCACAUCAAAGGAGGCACUGUUUCAGAACCCGACAGAUCCAAACGACACGUGUAAAAAUGAAUAACUUAUCAGCUCAGAGGUUUGGAAACCUGCGUUGUGUUUCUUGAACAUCGCAUUACAAUGUUAGAGUUACUACCAACCUUCUAAUUGGAGGAUUUAAAGCUGCCGUGAACAAUCCACUGUCUGUCUGCUGUGAACAGCUCCUUACUGUAAAAACGAUCAGACUCACUUCUGACAUCCCGUGUUUAAGGUUUAGAUGAUGACUUUUGUUAUGUGUUUUAAAGUGUUUCUGAGUCAAAGUGUUAUCCAGCUACAUAUCAGCUUUAAAGUUUAACCAUGAAUGUUGAAAGUCAGUGAUCUGUAGCUUUUUAACAUGCAGCCUUGUGCCUUGCUGCUUAGCAUAAUGUCUGUGAAAGUCUGAAAAAAAUCACAGCAGCUGUUUUCUGAGAGGAAGGGGGGCUGGAGACACUGUUACACCCUACAGUAUAAACACCCCCGCAUACACAGAUAUAUGUGACCUGUGGUUGUAGAGUUUAUGCUUUGUUGCAGUAUUCUUAUUCAAAUUCUUUAAAAGAAAAUGACUUUACGGUCUAAUGUAACUUAGUGCUACUUGUUCCGAUUUAAUAUCUGUGAAAAAGGGUUUCCAUGUUGUGUUUUAUGAUUGUUUAAUCAUCUAUAUAAAGAGAUCAGUAGGAUGAGUCGAAGCCUGAAUGUUGUUCAGUGUUCCUGCAGUGUGUUUAGCAGCUAAACUCUCAAGCUUUAAAUAUUUCUGCUUUGUAACGAUCAGUGAGAGGUAUCAUGUUAGCCAAAU